AUGGUGCCUGAUCUGAGGACCCCUGUCAAUGUGAAAGAUAAGCCCCGAGAAGCUACUCAUAUAAUCCUGACCCCGAGCAAUAACAGUAGGUUUGACCCUGAAAAAGUCAAAUCUUUGGAGGAAAAACUAAGAGCUGCUGUUAGUGAUGCAGAAGAUGUUGUUGAGCUGAAGAUUGGUCAAACACUCGUUGAGCUAAAGAUUGAUCAGACAAUCAAAGUCUCAAGCUGGAAGCUCAUAAUAGCACGUAUAUUUUUAUACUGGAAUUUGCGACCAGUUGUUAAAAAAGUCAAUACAGCAAAGAAAGAAGUCAUGCAGAUUAUUUCUGAUUUAAGCACAAGUUCUCAUGGUGAUGAUGAUGAUGAUGAUCAAAUUCUUGAAUCAUCUGGGUAUUCUUUGAUUGGCACUUUUUUUAAAAGUAAUCAAUUGCUGCCAAAUUUGGAAGACGCCAUCGUGCAGGGACUUGAUGAUGACUUGGAAAUAAUUGUUAAAAGACUGACAGGACCACCACCAUAUUUAGACAUUGUCACAAUAUCAGGCAUGGGUGGCAUUGGCAAAACAACACUCGCUAGAAAAGCUUAUGAUCAUCUGACAAGCAGGAACCAUUUUGACAUUCUAGCUUGGGUUACAAUAUCUCAAGAAUAUCGAAGUAGAAAUGUAUUGUUAGAAGCUUUACAUUGCAUUUCGAAGCAAAGAAAUAUUCUUAACAAGGAAGAUUAUGAUAAGAUGGAUGACUGUGAGUUAGCAGACCUAGUGCAGAAAAACCUAAAGGGUCGAAGAUACUUUUUUGUUGUAGAUGAUAUUUGGAGUACGGAUGUUUGGGAUAGCAUAAGAGGAAUAUUUCCAGAGUACAACAACAGGAGUCGAAUCUUAUUGACUACUAGGGAAACAGAGGUGUUUGGACCAGAACAUGAUCAUCCUCCUGAGUUGGAAAAUAUUGGAAAGAAAAUAGUAGAAAAAUGCCAAGGACUACCCUUAACUAUUUCAGUGAUUGCGGGACAUCUAUGUAAAGUGGCAAGGACAUUAGAUUGUUGGAAGGAUGCUGCCCAAACCUUAGGUGAAAUCAUUGCUACUCAAUCGGUUGAGACUUGGAGAUUGAUCCAAUUAUGGAUCGGGGAAGGUUUUAUAAGGACAUCUGGAAGCGGUAAAAGCUUGGAGGAAGUGGCAGUAGAUUAUUUGGAGGAUCUUAUCAGUAGGAACUUGAUAAUAGUUAGGAAAAGGAGAUUCAAUGGUGAGAUAAAAGCAUGUGAAAUGCAUGAUCUACUGCGUGAAUUCUGUUUGAUAGAAGCUGAAAUGACAAAAUUUAUGCAUGUUCAAAGAACUAAUGAAGCUCCUACUCUUCCGUUAACACAAAAGCAUAAUGUCCGUCGCUUCAGUUUUCAAACCCAAUCUUAUUCAGCUGACAAUCGUUGCAACCUAUUACCCCCUUUUGUCAGAUCUAUCUACUUAUUUUCUCGAUUAAGACGACCUUGUGCAACCAGUUACACCCUUCUUGAGGUAUUGUCCAUCUCCCCACAUCAUACGGUCCAUGAAGUUAUCUCCCCUUUCAACCUUGUCAGGGUAUUGGCCAUCUUCCAUGAAGAAUUCCAUUCAUUUCCACUUGUGAUUACAAAGUUAUUUCAUUUGAGAUAUCUUGAAAUUCAGUUUAGAGGCAAUAUUCCUGCAUCAAUCUCAGAGCUUCAGAAUUUGCAAACUCUAAUUUCGAAACAACGUUUUCCAUUUACAACUUUACCAGGGAACAUAUGGAUGAUGAAGAACUUGAGGCAUAUACAUCUGGUGGGAGGCUGUUAUUUGCCCAGUCCUAAAAGAGAAAGCAUUCGAAAUAAGCAUCUCGUGACAUGGAUGCCAAAUCUAGAGGAACUUUCUGUUCUCUGUAUCAGCAGUUGUACAAAUGAAGUCUUUUCUCGCAUUCCCAAUCUAAUGAGAUUGAUCAUCCGAACAGAGAGUCCAGCCAAUUGCAUAAUUAAGAAGAGAGGGAAAUGGCGUAAUUGA